CUUAGAGAGAGAAAGUAGGAGAUUUCCUUUGCCGUCGCUAGCCUUCUCACCGCCGUUUUCGCCCACCUUCCGGCUCCACACUAGGUUAGUCCUCCUCGUCCUUGUUCUUCCAUGUCUUCCCAAUCCUCGGUCUUUCGUCAGUCCGAGUCCGAGCGUGGUGCCGAGGGCUCCGUCGCAGGCUCCGCGGAGGAGAGCGACUCCCGCUCGCCCUCCGUCGAGGAGAUAGUCGAGGCGGUCGAGAUCCCCCCUCAGUCCGAGCCUCGUAAUCAGAGGCGGACCAUUCUCGAGGACUCGGGGAUCCGAGCGCGAAAAUGCACCCUUACCCGGGAGGAGUUCCGCAAGGCGAAGCGCCUAGCCUCGGCGCCGGGUGUUACCGUGCACCGUCCCACCGCCGAACAAUCAGUCUUUGAUGCCCCACCGGGUUUCUUCGCCAUCCACCUCAAGUCCCUUGAGUAUGGGUUCCGCUUCCCCCUCCACCAGUUAGUCAUAGAUUUCUUCCUCCACUUUGAUUUUCUCCCUUGCCAAGUCGUGCCCAAAUCCCACCGUUACUUGGCGGGAUUUCUUAUUCGUUGCCAAGGGACCGGGGUUCGCCCCGAUCUGGCCCGCUUCUUGCUUCUCUUCCGGUUGGCGAAGUCGUCUGGCCAGGCGAACUCCGACUCGGGCUCGUAUGCCUCCAUAUUCCAAAGGCAGGAGAAGCUUUUCAAGACGAGAAAGGACUCCGCCAAGAGUUGGAAAGGGAAAUUCGUCUUCGUUUCUCUUUCCUCGGGCUCCCCCUUUCGUAAAGAACCCCUUAGAUCCUUCCGUCGCCGUUCCGCGUUCAUCAACUCGGACAAGAUGCUCGAGGAUGUAGAGACGCUCUGCCGAGGGGGGCCCUUCGAAGUCGGCUCGAUAGUGACGAACGAUGCGUUAGCGGCACUCGGCUUCGUCUUCCUAUCCCCGGAGGAAACUCAACGGAGCAUCGAAGAAAGCCCCUCAGGUGAAAUCAUGCUCUCCAGCACCGAGCGAAUGAAGCUCAUGUUCCCAGAUGCCCCAAGCGGCAACUCCCGGGCUCCUACCGUGGCCGGUAGUCCUCCGACCCCACCCGUGAAGUCGACCCCCGAGGCGGCUCAGAAGAAGAAGAGGAAGGACACGGCCUCGGCCACUGACACUCCCCAGGGGUCCGAAUCCCCAAUGAUGAAAGAUUUCGGCCACCAAAAGUGUGUCAAGGCGGCCUUCCCCGCAGGGGUCUCCUUUCUGGACCGGGACUACGACCCGGAGACUUUUCUGCGUAGCAUGACCCCUCCUACCGAUCGCGCCAAGAUCAAGGACGCCGGCCGGGAAGCUCUGGCCUCGGACAUGUUUCACGAGAUGGGCUCGGCGAUGAUGCGCAUGGUCGACAUGACCCAGCGGCUGCGCAUCUGUGAGGCUGACCGGAGCAGGGCUUAUGUUGAGAUAGCUAACCUCAACGAGGCGCUGAAGGUGGCCAAGGAGCAAGCUCGCCAGGCCGAGGAGAGGGCUCAGCAGCUCGCGGAGGAGGCGGCUCGCCGGGCACGCAACGAGGCUCGCGAGCAAGCCGUGGCCGAGUUCAUAUCUUCGGGGGCGUUCCAAGAUGAGGCCUUCGCCUGCAUGAAUGACCUGCUCAAGGCCUGGGGUCAGACUGACGAGGGGAGGGCUUUUGCUCGCUCCGAAGGGACCCAGUGGUACAACCUCGGCCUGUUCCGAGCGCAGCAGGUCCUUUCCGACAGGUUCCUCAAUGGAGAAGACUUCCCCGAACCGUGCGACAACCCUGAUGAGCUCGACACUUCCAUCUAUUACCCGAGUGGCGGAGACGCGGCCGGCGAGCAGACAGGUGCUAAUGAGGUGCGAGGAGAGACGUUCUCCUUUGGCAGCUAUUCCCUUGGGGGCUCUUCGGCCAUUCCAACCAAGUCGGGGCCGAGCUCGACCCCGCCGCCCUUACCACGGGACUCAUGGGACUCGGACUCUGAUUCUGAGUCGGUGCACCCCGAUCCUUCUGCCAAAAUCCCGGGGUUCAUCUACUACUCGUCGGAGGAGGACGAGAAGACCCCCCCUCCGCCAGUUCGUCGUGAGCUCCCCCCUCCCCCGGUUGCUGCCGGCCGUGGGGGUCGAGGACGUCGCCCUCCAGCUCCUCCGGCAGCGGACGCGAGCGAGAGCUCCGUGGCGUCUCACCAUCCGAGCCGGCAAUCACUUGAAGACCCAGGCUCGCCCAGCUUCGCCGAAUCUACCGGUCAUUCUGUUGCCAGUAGGGCUCCUUCUCCGCCCUCUUACCCCCCACCUUGCCCUUGCGAGCGUGGGUGGAACUGUGGCAUGCACUGAAGUUUACCCGUUCUUUGAUGAUUUGUAAUGCGUCUAAUUAUUGUAAGGCGUUUGUGCCAUGCACUUGCCCGUUUUCCGGGAUGAAUAAAAUUUGGAUGUGAUU